AAAUUGUGUAGUGUUUUUGUUAAACCAUAUUUUGACUUUAAAUAUCCUAUACUAUGAAUGAAAAGUAAAUCAAUAAUUUAAAAAUAUGAUCUUUUAUGGAGAAAAUCAUUAAGAAUUAUAUGCAAUGUACAUAGAAAUUAUAAUGUCGAUAUGAUGGAAGAAGUGUUUGGAUAAUUACCAUUUUAUGGAAAUUAAGGAGAUUAGUUAUAGAGAUAAUGGGAUUUUAUGUUAAAAAGAAUUAGGUGAAAAAUUUUCAAAAACAAGUGAGACUAGAUUGAAGAACUAGAUGAAAUAAAUGAAUGGGUUAAUUCAGAUAAAUAAUUUAAAAAAAUAUUGCAAAAAAUAAAAAUGA